AUGAGCGGCGGCGGCAUCCUACGCUACAUCGAAUGGGGCCUCGCCCAACUCUUCUACCGAGCACGAGGCCACGACGGCAAACUAUUCACCCGGAGCGAAGCGUUCAAGGACAUCCCGCAGAGUAUCCAAGUCACUUCUCCGGAAUUAGGUCCAUCAGGCUCCCAUUUGACAUGGGACCACUCGAAGCUGGGUUCGAACAGAUUUCCCCGAUUGACAUGGUCGCUGCCCACCAUCACCCCUGUCAACAACAACAACAACAACACCACCGACACCAACACCAAUACCAACACCACCGACCAAAGCGGCAAUGGGAUGCAUAUAUCAGAACCAAAUGUCCAAGAAUACCUCUUAAUCUGCGAAGACCCAGACUCACCGCUCCCCACGCCCGGCAACCACGGCAUCUACUAUUCCAUUCCGCCCAACAAGACAGAAAUCGGCCCCGAGGACUUGGCACUCGAUAUUGACCGCAACGAGGCCGCUGCGGACGGGAGCAAAUGGCUCAAAGGCGGGUUUCGUUUGGGAGCAAACCACAGAGGGACCGUGUACAUUGGACCCAGACCGCCAGUGGGGCAUGGCGAGCACCGGUACUUUUAUCAGGUCGUAGCACUGAAAGAGAAACUUGACACCAAUGAAAUGAGUCCUGUUGCGACAAGGGAGGAGCUAUUGCAACAAAUAAAGGGGAAGUUGAUUGGAUGGGGAGUCUGGAUUGGGAUAUUCGAGAAUAAAUGGUAA